GCGCCGCCGCCACCUCCGCGCCGCUCCUCCUUCCCCCCCUCCCCCUCGGAAAAUAGUCCCCGCGGCUGCCCCCUCCCCGCCGCCCCUCCUCGCCGCCUCGCACACACAAUGGCGCUGAAGAGAAUCCACAAGGAGUUGAAUGACCUGGCUCGUGACCCUCCAGCACAGUGUUCAGCAGGGCCUGUUGGUGAUGACAUGUUCCAUUGGCAAGCCACAAUAAUGGGACCAAACGACAGUCCCUACCAAGGUGGAGUCUUCUUCCUGACGAUUCACUUCCCGACAGAUUACCCCUUCAAACCGCCCAAGGUUGCAUUUACAACGAGAAUCUAUCACCCAAACAUCAACAGUAACGGCAGCAUUUGUCUGGACAUCCUACGGUCACAGUGGUCCCCAGCACUAACUAUUUCAAAAGUACUUUUGUCCAUCUGUUCUCUGUUGUGUGAUCCCAACCCAGAUGAUCCUCUAGUGCCUGAGAUUGCACGGAUCUACAAAACAGAUAGAGAAAAGUACAACAGAAUAGCUCGGGAAUGGACUCAGAAGUACGCCAUGUAACGCCAGCAAUUAUGGGAUAACCUCUACAAAUAAAGAUAGGGGAACUCUGAGAGAGAGAAAGAGAGAGAGAGAGAGAGAGAAAGUCCUUUUGAUUUCCAUUUGACUGCUUUCUAUGAGCCCACGCCUCCUCCUCCUCCCCCGUGCACAUUGUUUACCUGACCCAGCAGUGCUGCGUGUUGUACAUACUCGGAACAACGACCCCCAACCUCCUCUACCCUCCCUCCCCACCAGCAUUGACUCCUAGCAGAGAACUUCUUUGUGUGUGUGUGUCCAAAGCUGCUGCUUCAGCCAUAACGUUGUGAGCCUAAAAGCAUUCCUGCCGCGAAGCCAAAUUGAGGGUUGCCGGGCAGGGGGCGGGACCGGGGUGGUGCCGAGCGGUGG